AUGGAACCCGUUGAUACUCAUCAUCCUGCUCCCAAGCGGCGAAGGCUCGAACAAGGCGUGCAGAGUUAUAUGGGACAUAUGUCAGAGCGUGGCUUGAUGGUUGUAUCCUCUGCAAUCACCCCCAAUGUCCCACUAGCUUCUCACGACUUCCCUUUUGAGUAUUCGGCACCUCAUGCAGACUCGAUGGCGCAAGAUCCAGCUGCAGCCGAUGCUUCAGCUCUUUUCGAUCUCCAUGAACAGUCGUACGGUCAGAUGAUUCUAGAUUCGACAAUAUCAUAUGACUUUGUUAUGCACCAGCAGCUUUGGCCAUGGGAUGACUCUGCAUCUGCCAAUUUCACAACAGAGCAUGAUCUUGCAACAUUUACCUCGUGUAUUCCCAUUGAUACUUCCACUCAAUUCUUACAAUCUCAAUAUUUAUCGCCCGAUCAAGUACCUGGCUCUGACAAAAUAGGUGCAUGGCAAGCUCCCGUCACUCUACCACAUUUCUCGGAUGCCUCAUUCGAUGCUCCUUGCCAGACGGAUGAAGACAUGAUGCAGGAUCCAGAUACAUCUACCACAUUACAAGUUCUCACUGAGCAAAAUGUAAUGGUUUGCUUUGGAAUGAUUUCAGGCAUCUCCGGAAGAUGCGACAGACCGAAUUCGAGCGGCACAAUAUCACCAUUUGCCGUCCAUCUAGAUUCAUCGUCGUCGUUUACCGCCAUCCAAGACUGUCGGGUGAAAGGGUUGAUUAUGUCAGAGCACGGCCAAAUGAUACAGGGUCUUCUUCAUGAGUCUACCUUGGAACUUCAUGUCUCUUGCAUCCCAAAUCAUAGCUUUUCGGGUCGAAAAUCGGGGCGCAAUGCCGCACAGCUCUUAUGUGGCCUGGAAAUUACCGUAUAUGGUAAUUCAAAUUUAUUUGAGGAGAUUGGCAUCUGGUUCCAAGAGUACGGGGAGUACCUUCAAGAUCCACGAGAAUGCCAUCACGACGUCAAAUACUGGAAUCCUCAUCGGCUAUCUUCGGAUAGCUUUGAAUCCUGUUCUUUGCUCUCUCAGAUUGUAUCGCAUGGGCUCAAGUUGUCUUCUUUUCAAGGCAUAUCGGAAGCACCGGAUUUACUGGACAUUCUAAGCAGCAACGUCGAGCUGGAAGAGGCUCCUCAGCCUGCAGUUAUACAAACAGUUCUCCAAAGCCACCAGAAAAAAGCCUUGACAUUUCUGCUUCGUCGGGAAAAUGGCUGGGUUUUCGAUACGAAUCAGCUAGAUAUUUGGGAGAAAGUGGAUAAUGACCAAGGAAGAUUUUUUGUCAACCGAAUCUCAGCCAGCCACCAAGAAGAAGAGCCUCCUCAGUUCUAUGGAGGCAUCAUUGCUGAUCCAAUGGGUCUUGGCAAGACCUUGACAAUGAUUGCUUUAGCGGCUUCUGACCUAGAUAGCAGUAAUAACUCCACCAAAAAUUCCUUAGAGAGGGAGGCGGGGGAUAAACCCUGUAUCGCUACCACUCUUAUUAUUAUACCACCCCCUCUGCUUGGUACCUGGGAAGAACAGUUGUCUGAACACAUUGUGGCAGGCGGUUUGCAAUGGCAGCGCCAUUAUGGAAAGACUAGGUUUACUAGCCGAUAUAAGCUCGAUGAUGUCAACGUGGUCCUAACUACAUAUCACACCGUUUCUGCCGAAUGGAAGAAUGGACGAGAAGCCGAAAGUUCAAUCCUAUUCUCUGUUCGCUGGAAGAGAAUAAUCUUAGAUGAAGCCCACUUUAUCCGAAAUGGAAGAUCAAGGAUGGCCCAUGCCAUCUGUGCGCUCGAUUCUAUUGCUCGAUGGGCUGUUACCGGAACACCCAUACAAAAUCGCCUCAGUGACCUUGCUACUCUACUCAAAUUUAUUAGAGUGCAUCCUUAUACGGAUCCAGAGCGUUUUGACACCGACAUAGCUCGCCUUUGGAAAUCUGGACAAGACGAAGAGGGUGCUAAGAGAUUACAGCGCCUUUCAGCUUGUAUAUUAUUACGCAGGCCUAAAACGACCAUCAAUCUUCCUCCUAGGCAUGAUACGCGGUGUCCCAUUGAUUUCAGCCGUGAAGAAAGAGAACUGUAUGCUGAAAUAAGAGAGCAGGCGAUAACGAGAAUUGACGAAGCACUUCAAAGCAAUUCUGAAACGUCGAGAGCAAGCGUGUAUGUCAACGUGUUACAGCAAAUCGAGUCGUUGCGACUUGUUUGCAAUCUUGGUGUCCACUAUCAUGAGAGACACCAAAAGUCCCUUAGUUUACCGGCAGAAGCUAGCGACUGGACUAGAGUCGCGCAGCAAACUUUCAAUUCUCAACGUGGCAUCGAGCCAAUUGUUUGUGUCGAAUGCUCGUCGACUCUAGAGUUGACCGAAACUCUUUUGGACGACACAAGUACGACGCACCAAAAUCCAAUUUUUUCUCGCUGCUUGAAAUUUGUAUGCGGCGACUGUAUGUAUAAAGCUGGACGCAAAUCGGGGUGCGGACAUCGGCCCCCUUGUCCUACAGCGUCGGUUUCUAUAAGCACGAAUAUUUUUGAGGAUAUUUCCGACUUCGUUCCACGGCAAAUGAAAGCUUCCUCCAUUGGCCUUCCAUCAAAGAUUGAAGCUCUUGUCGCUGACAUCAAGCUUUUGCCUUCAGACACUAAAUGCAUUGUAUUUUCGACCUGGAGACUAACUCUCGAUAUUAUCGAAACUGGCCUACAUCAAGCCUCGUUGCGCAGUAUACGCUUCGACGGCAGGGUUCCUCAAAAAGAACGCCAGUCAGUUGUAGACAAGUUCAAAAACGACCCAAGCAUUCGCGUCAUGCUACUCACGCUGUCAUGCGGCGCAGUUGGGCAAGUUAUUCCUCACCAAAACGCUUUCGUACGUCGCGAGCAUAUCUUAUGGAGCCUCAUUGGUUGGUAUCCCGGGAAUCCGACACUCGAAGAGCAAGCCCUAGCUCGAAUUCAUCGAAUUGGACAGAAGCAGAGUGUUACGACUGUGCGGUUCUACGUACGUGAUACCUUUGAAGAGGAUCAACAGCAAGUCAUGGAACUUCAAGAGUCGAAGAAGAGUUUGGCUGGAGUCUUGCUCUCUCCGCAUGACGGCGGUCACACUGAUGAUAGUUUAGGGACGCUUCAGCGGUUGAGGAUGCUGCUCUAA